GCACACGUUCUGAGAGAUCCAGUGACUUCACUUGCCGGGUAUUUUUGUAGCUUUCUUUCAGUACAUUCAGUCUAGUGUUUUAACUAAAUAUAUAAUUUUGAUGAAUCGAUGUGUUCAGUAUUUAUGUUUUGACGAAUAAAGAAACUUUGCUGCACAUUCAGUCAUCAGUGUAAUAAUGUACGUCGAAGAGGAAGAUAUAUGUUGCUGAUGUUCGUUCCCUGUGUUCUGAAAUUAGUACAAGUCUGUGAUUGUCGCGACAAUGGGAAGGAAAGGAAUCGCUUGCUUUUCUUCGGUUAAGAAAGCUUUUAGUACUCCAAAGUCCAAGGAAAAGAAAAACCAGAAAUGGAAGAAAUGGUUUCGAAAACAAACAUCCUUGAAACGCAAGUCCAGUUUAGAAGCGUGUAGCACACCUCAAAACCGUGCUCAGCUACCGCAGAUUCAUACUACUGGAAUUGUUCGGCCCAUUACAGUCUCUCGCGUUGCUGGAAAAUCAAGGGAGGAAGUGGCAGCUAUCAAGAUUCAGACAGCAUACCGGGGAUACACGGCUAGGAGGACAUUGCGGGCCUUGAGAGGACUUGUGAGGUUAAAGUCAGUAGUGAACAGUGCUGCUGUCAAGCGCCAGACUACUAAUACUCUGCAGACCAUGCAAGGCGUGUCUCGUGUGCAGUACCAGAUUAACUCUAGGAGGAUCAGGAUGUCCGAGGAGAAUCAAGUUCUUCAGAAGCAGCUUCUGCGGAAGCGUGCAAAACAGCUCGAGAGCUUGCAGAUGGAGGGGGAAUGGAAUCGCAGCUCACAAUCAAAAGAACAAAUCGAAGCAAAGCUACUGAGCAAGUACGAGGCCACCAUGCGAAGAGAAAGAGCAAUGGCCUACUCAUUUUCGCAUCAACAAACACGGAAGAAAUCUGCAAGAAGUACUAACCAGCUUUUCAUGGACCCUGCUAAUCCUCAAUGGGGAUGGAGCUGGUUAGACCGCUGGGUGGCAGCCCGCCCAGAGUCUAAGACAGAGAAAGAAUUUACUGAUGAUCACUCCUCUGUUAAGGGUGGAAGACGGAACUUUGCUGGAAAUGCAAUGGCCAAGUCUCAUGCUAGACCCCAACUAAUUUGUGAGAAACCUAUGCCAGCAUGUUACAGUAGGCUCUAUAGUCCUCGUAAUCACCUGUCCCCCUCAACUCCGGUAUGCAAGGUAACAUCGCCAAAACCAACUAGACGACUUAAGCUUCAUAGCCCAGGAGCAAGUGUUCUGAGCAUAGAUUAUGAUUCAAAGAGCAUGUUUAGUAUAGAUUCAGAGCUAAAUAGGAGGCAGACCAUUGCUGGAUCAUCAGUGAGAGAUGAUGAGAGUCUAGUAAGCUCCCCCUCAAUUCCGCGUUACAUGGCAGCUACUCACUCUGCCAAGGCAAAGUCACGUACUCAGAGCCUACUGAGCAUGGAGAAUGGGACUCUGGCAAAGAAAUCAGCAGGUUAUGGAAAGAAGCAGCUUUCCUACCCAGCUUCACCUGCCAGGGCUACGCAGCACUUUAGUCAUCCAAGUUUGGAUAGCCCCUCUAUUGCAGAUAACAAUGUGAGCGACAUCGCUGUCAAUUAAGCUUGUUUUGAACAGAAUUCAUGGGUUUUAUUGCUGCUCUGAGACUGAACGAAUUUUGGGGUGGAAGGACAUGAGUUUUAUUGUUUUAUAAGGAUGUCCUGUAGAAACUUUACAUUUCUUCAGAGUUGGAUGCAAUAAAAUUUACUUCUAUCUGCAA